AGGUCGGUCUAGAUUCUAUGAGGACAAGAUCCGGCUAAAACGAAACUCUAUUCAAUCACAUUAGAAUCUUUCAUAAAUACAAGUCUUAAGCUAACAUAACCACUCUCGGUUCUUUGAAAUCCCAAGAAAAAGCCUAAAGAUAAGAAAGACCUCUAAAACAUGCUUGGUGACGGUGCAUCAGAAGAAUCAAAGGUUCCUUUAUUAGAAGAUUCAUCCUCACUCAUCCGACCGCAAGAUGAUCAAGAUCAAAAUUUUAGAAAAAGGUUUUGGAUUGAGUCAAAGAAGCUUUGGUAUAUAGUUGGUCCAUCAAUCGUGGGCCGCGUUGCCUCCUACACUAUGCUGGUCGUCACCCAAGCGUUUGCUGGUCAUUUGGGUGAUCUUGAGCUUGCUGCAAUAUCUAUUGCCAAUAAUGUCGUCGUUGGUUUUGAUUUUGGUCUCUUGUUGGGAAUGGCAAGUGCAUUAGAAACGCUGUGUGGACAAGCUUUUGGGGCCAAACAAUACUACAUGUUGGGUGUGUACAUGCAACGCUCGUGGAUCGUGCUUUUCUUGUGUUGUAUUCUUCUUUUGCCAUUGUAUUUUUUUGCCUCACCAUUCUUGAAGCUAUUAGGUCAGCCCACAGAAGUGGCAGAGCUAACUGGGAUAGUUACUUUGUGGAUGAUACCACUUCAUUUCAGCUUCGCCUUUCAGUUUCCAUUACAGAGAUUCUUGCAAAGCCAGCUUAAGACUUAUGUGAUUGCAUGGGUGGCUUUGGCUGCUCUAGUGGUGCAUAUUUUUGUGAGUUGGUUGUUUGUAUACAGGUUGCAGCUUGGUGUAGUUGGGGCUGCUGUUACUUUGAAUUUUUCUUGGUGGGUUUUGGUGUUUGGUUACUUUGGUUAUGUUUCUUCUGGUGGGUGUCCCGAUACAUGGACUGGUUUCUCAGUUGAAGCAUUUUCUGGUCUUUGGGAAUUUGUUAAACUCUCUGCGGCUUCGGGUGUCAUGCUCUGCUUAGAAAAUUGGUAUUACAAAAUAUUGAUAGUGAUGACUGGAAAUCUACCAAACGCAGAGAUUGCAGUGGAUGCUUUGUCCAUAUGCAUGAAUAUAAAUGGCUGGGAGAUGAUGAUUCCUUUAGCAUUCUUCGCUGCAACCGGAGUUCGAGUAGCAAACGAGCUUGGGGCUGGUAAUGGAAAAGGAGCCAAGUUUGCCACAGCAGUGUCAGUAAUAACAUCAAUUAUCAUUGGCCUCUUCUUUUGGUUAUUGAUAAUCAUCUUCCACAAUAAGCUUGCAUUGAUAUUCUCUUCCAGUGCCCCUGUUUUAAAUGAAGUAAGCAAGCUAUCUGUUCUGCUAGCAGUCACUAUUCUGCUCAAUAGUGUUCAGCCAGUUCUCUCAGGGGUGGCUGUGGGAUCAGGAUGGCAAUCUUCUGUAGCUUACAUAAACUUGGGCUGCUAUUAUCUUGUUGGGGUUCCCCUUGGGGUUUUAAUGGGAUGGGGCUUCCACUAUGGUGUUAUGGGAAUUUGGGCUGGAAUGAUUUUCGGUGGGACAGCAGUUCAAACCUUGAUAUUGGCAGUAAUUACUUUAAGAUGCGACUGGCAUAAAGAGGCAGAGAAAGCAAUUCUUCAUGUAAGGAAGUGGGCAGCGACAAAAUAAUUGAUUGAGAACAUUAGAGUCUACUAAAUAAGUGAUGGAUCUUCAAGCGAUCGGAAAUUGAUGGCUUACUUCCUAUUCGAUUCUAAUCCACGUCGAAUUUCCAAAUUUAUAAAAACGGUUCUAUUAGUAGUUAAUUAAUGUUAAAAAUUGUUUUUAUGCCUAUUGAAAAAGGUAUUUUCCAAGCAGACAUCUAAG